GAGUCAGGGAGCAGCAGCCUCCCACAGGAUGUGAGAGAGGAACUGGGGUCUCCAGUCACGGGAGCCAGGAGCCGGCCAGGGCCGCAGGCAGGAAGGGAGCGAGGCUGAAGGGAACGUCGUCCUCUCAGCAUGGGGGUCCCGCGGCCUCAGCCCUGGGCGCUGGGGCUCCUGCUCUUUCUCCUUCCUGGGAGCCUGGGCGCAGAAAGCCACCUCUCCCUCCUGUACCACCUUACCGCGGUGUCCUCGCCUGCCCCGGGGACUCCUGCCUUCUGGGUGUCUGGCUGGCUGGGCCCGCAGCAGUACCUGAGCUACAAUAGCCUGCGGGGCGAGGCGGAGCCCUGUGGAGCUUGGGUCUGGGAAAACCAGGUGUCCUGGUAUUGGGAGAAAGAGACCACAGAUCUGAGGAUCAAGGAGAAGCUCUUUCUGGAAGCUUUCAAAGCUUUGGGGGGAAAAGGUCCCUACACUCUGCAGGGCCUGCUGGGCUGUGAACUGGGCCCUGACAACACCUCGGUGCCCACCGCCAAGUUCGCCCUGAACGGCGAGGAGUUCAUGAAUUUCGACCUCAAGCAGGGCACCUGGGGUGGGGACUGGCCCGAGGCCCUGGCUAUCAGUCAGCGGUGGCAGCAGCAGGACAAGGCGGCCAACAAGGAGCUCACCUUCCUGCUAUUCUCCUGCCCGCACCGCCUGCGGGAGCACCUGGAGAGGGGCCGCGGAAACCUGGAGUGGAAGGGUUCUUGCUCUGUCACCAGACUGGAGUCCAGUGGUGCAAUCAUAGCUCACUGCAGUCUGAACUUCCUGGGCUCAAGUAAUUGUCCCACUUCAGCCUCCCCAGGAGAGCCCCCCUCCAUGCGCCUGAAGGCCCGACCCAGCAGCCCUGGCUUUUCCGUGCUUACCUGCAGCGCCUUCUCCUUCUACCCUCCGGAGCUGCAACUUCGGUUCCUGCGGAAUGGGCUGGCCGCUGGCACCGGCCAGGGUGACUUCGGCCCCAACAGUGACGGAUCCUUCCACGCCUCAUCGUCACUAACAGUCAAAAGUGGCGAUGAGCACCACUACUGCUGCAUUGUGCAGCACGCGGGGCUGGCGCAGCCCCUCAGGGUGGAGCUGGAAUCUCCAGCCAAGUCCUCCGUGCUCGUGGUGGGAAUCGUCAUCGGUGUCUUGCUACUCACGGCAGCGGCUGUAGGAGGAGCUCUGUUGUGGAGAAGGAUGAGGAGUGGGCUGCCAGCCCCUUGGAUCUCCCUUCGUGGAGACGACACCGGGGUCCUCCUGCCCACCCCGGGGGAGGCCCAGGAUGCUGAUUUGAAGGAUGUAAAUGUGAUUCCAGCCACCGCCUGACCAUCCGCCAUUCCGACUGCUAAAAGCGAAUGUAGUCAGGCCCCUUUCAUGCUGUGAGACCUCCUGGAACACUGGCAUCUCUGAGCCUCCAGAAGGGGUUCUGGGCCUAGUUGUCCUCCCUCUGGAGCCCCGUCCUGUGGUCUGCCUCAGUUUCCCCUCCUAAUACAUAUGGCUGUUUUCCACCUCGAUAAUAUAACACGAGUUUGGGCCCGAA